AUGUCAGAUGGAUUAAACAUACAGGCUGCUGCUGAGCCCAUUCAUGACCCGGACAAGAUCAGACACCCAACUGUCCAUACCCGUCAAUCUAGACCAAAUGGCCGGCCAAAAUUGCGGUUUUUGGAUGCCAAAAGCAUUCUUUUGCGUCCUCCACCUGUCCGACUUUGUCGCGAAGAGGCCUUUGAAAACGCCGAGCGUGGACGCCAAGACCAUAUUUUUCACUGCGAAUUCUCAGAGUAUGAAUUUCAAAGGAAACAAAUGGUUUCCCAACGCCCAAGUUCUAGUCGGAUGGCCGAGUGCGUUUUUCUUGCUCAAAGAAUUCUUCAACCAUCCUUGUCACAGUCCACCGAACCACCUCGACCCAACAGCCCCUGUCUACGAGGCGAUGAGAGUCGGGAAAUUUGGGCGCGCAGCAGGGGAACACUGACGCUUCAGUCGAAUAACCAACAAAGCUUUGGUGGCGUUGACAACCUAACCAUGCCUCUCCGAUGUCGCAACGAAGAGGCCCUUCAAAACCUUCGAAAUGACCGAUUUCGACGACGUUCUUUUCUUUCGCCCGAAUCCAGUCCUCCAAGCGCUGAAGUUCUUCGACCCAGAAUUACGGAUGCAGCAGCCGAGAACUACCUGAAGGGUCGUGGACUCACUGAAAGUGGAAUGAAGGCCAUCCUCAAUCAGGGCUGGUCUGACAAUCGUGGAAUGCGACGAGUGGAAUCUGCCUGCGAAUCGCGUCGUUCACUGGCUUCCACGCCGUAUUCGAGUACAGACAACGUGGCUGCCAUCUGGUCUAGUCAGCCACUGGUUAAAAGGCAAAAUUACCCAAGCGUGGUGCACUACUUUCACGAGGAGCUCCCAUCCAAUGCGCUGAGAGAGAGCCGAGGAGUGGCAAGUGCCUUGGGCCAAUCAGAUCCUUCCCCGGACAAUGAUCGCAAUUCACUGAGCAGAAUUCACAGUGCUGCUGAUACCACACGGAAGGAUCGGGACUCAUUCGUAAUUGGGUGGUCGGGUAAGGAGCUGCCUCAGCCCAGCUGCAGAAUUCGUCCGGAGGCUCAGGAAAUCGCUGACUGUCACCAUGGCAACAUGACAAAGCUCCUUUUGUCUGGGUCGACAAAUUUGGAAUUGCCGCCUCAGUCGCAUAGGAAACUAAGCCCCGGUGGACGGAAGAUCGCGCUGCAGUCACGCGGGGGGGCAGCCAAGGAGUGUAUUAACCCCGUUCGAGUGAAACGAUCGACCCUUCGAGGCUCAAAAACUCAAUGA